AUGGUAGAUCUAUGGAUCAAGUUAUUAGUGAUAACAUUAUGUCUUCAAAUCAUCCGUUGUAAAUUUGAAAAUAAUAGUCAAGUGGAAAAUAAUACAACAGCAUUAUCCAAUAAAUCUUCAAAUGGAACAGCAAUUGCUAAUCCAAUUAAAUCACUUUCACUUCAUCUUUGUCCAUCUGAAAGAGCAGCCAAUAAAUCUGGUAUUAAUUCAACUGGACUUGAAAACAAAAGUGAAAUAAUCCAUCAUAUUCCUAUUGCACAAUUAAUUCCACCAAGUCAUGAAUUAAAGUCUAUAUCUAUUAAUUUCGAUGCAAAAUGCUUACCUAAAUUAAAUCCAUUGCUUAUUGGAAAUGUUAAAAUAGAGAAAACAAGUAACGUCAAAAUUAUUGAUACACAAACAGAAUAUCAACCAACAGAAGAAAAAAUUAAAACAACAACACCAUGGAACAUGAAGGAGAAAAUAGAAUAUACUGAAAAGAAUGAACCUGGAGCGACACCAGACACAGCAUCGCCUUCCAGUACAACACCGGACGACGACGAUCUCUACAUCUACUACAUUGACAAGUCUGGUAAGAGGAGAAGACGACCUCGACCUCGUGCAACACCAUCAGACACACCAACCAGCUCCACACCAGUCACCGGUUCAGUGAAACAACCUGGAGCGACACCAGACACAGCAUCGCCUUCCAGUACAACACCGGACGACGACGAUCUCUACAUCUACUACAUUGACAAGUCUGGUAAGAGGAGAAGACGACCUCGACCUCGUGCAACACCAUCAGACACACCAACCAGCUCCACACCAGUCACCGGUUCAGUGAAACAACCUGGAGCGACACCAGACACAGCAUCGCCUUCCAGUACAACACCGGACGACGACGAUCUCUACAUCUACUACAUUGACAAGUCUGGUAAGAGGAGAAGACGACCUCGACCUCGUGCAACACCAUCAGACACACCAACCAGCUCCACACCAGUCACCGGUUCAGUGAAACAACCUGGAGCGACACCAGACACAGCAUCGCCUUCCAGUACAACACCGGACGACGACGAUCUCUACAUCUACUACAUUGACAAGUUUGGUAAGAGGAGAAGACGACCUCGACCUCGUGCAACACCAUCAGACACACCAACCAGCUCCACACCAGUCACCGGUUCAGUGAAACAACCUGGAGCGACACCAGACACAGCAUCGCCUUCCAGUACAACACCGGACGACGACGAUCUCUACAUCUACUACAUUGACAAGUCUGGUAAGAGGAGAAGACGACCUCGACCUCGUGCAACACCAUCAGACACACCAACCAGCUCCACACCAGUCACCGGUUCAGUGAAACAACCUGGAGCGACACCAGACACAGCAUCGCCUUCCAGUACAACACCGGACGACGACGAUCUCUACAUCUACUACAUUGACAAGUCUGGUAAGAGGAGAAGACGACCUCGACCUCGUGCAACACCAUCAGACACACCAACCAGCUCCACACCAGUCACCGGUUCAGUGAAACAACCUGGAGCGACACCAGACACAGCAUCGCCUUCCAGUACAACACCGGACGACGACGAUCUCUACAUCUACUACAUUGACAAGUCUGGUAAGAGGAGAAGACGACCUCGACCUCGUGCAACACCAUCAGACACACCAACCAGCUCCACACCAGUCACCGGUUCAGUGAAACAACCUGGAGCGACACCAGACACAGCAUCGCCUUCCAGUACAACACCGGACGACGACGAUCUCUACAUCUACUACAUUGACAAGUCUGGUAAGAGGAGAAGACGACCUCGACCUCGUGCAACACCAUCAGACACACCAACCAGCUCCACACCAGUCACCGGUUCAGUGAAACAACCUGGAGCGACACCAGACACAGCAUCGCCUUCCAGUACAACACCGGACGACGACGAUCUCUACAUCUACUACAUUGACAAGUCUGGUAAGAGGAGAAGACGACCUCGACCUCGUGCAACACCAUCAGACACACCAACCAGCUCCACACCAGUCACCGGUUCAGUGAAACAACCUGGAGCGACACCAGACACAGCAUCGCCUUCCAGUACAACACCGGACGACGACGAUCUCUACAUCUACUACAUUGACAAGUCUGGUAAGAGGAGAAGACGACCUCGACCUCGUGCAACACCAUCAGACACACCAACCAGCUCCACACCAGUCACCGGUUCAGUGAAACAACCUGGAGCGACACCAGACACAGCAUCGCCUUCCAGUACAACACCGGACGACGACGAUCUCUACAUCUACUACAUUGACAAGUCUGGUAAGAGGAGAAGACGACCUCGACCUCGUGCAACACCAUCAGACACACCAACCAGCUCCACACCAGUCACCGGUUCAGUGAAACAACCUGGAGCGACACCAGACACAGCAUCGCCUUCCAGUACAACACCGGACGACGACGAUCUCUACAUCUACUACAUUGACAAGUCUGGUAAGAGGAGAAGACGACCUCGACCUCGUGCAACACCAUCAGACACACCAACCAGCUCCACACCAGUCACCGGUUCAGUGAAACAACCUGGAGCGACACCAGACACAGCAUCGCCUUCCAGUACAACACCGGACGACGACGAUCUCUACAUCUACUACAUUGACAAGUCUGGUAAGAGGAGAAGACGACCUCGACCUCGUGCAACACCAUCAGACACACCAACCAGCUCCACACCAGUCACCGGUUCAGUGAAACAACCUGGAGCGACACCAGACACAGCAUCGCCUUCCAGUACAACACCGGACGACGACGAUCUCUACAUCUACUACAUUGACAAGUCUGGUAAGAGGAGAAGACGACCUCGACCUCGUGCAACACCAUCAGACACACCAACCAGCUCCACACCAGUCACCGGUUCAGUGAAACCCAUAACUACUGACGUUGAAUAUUAUGAAGAUUAUGAAGAUGUAUCUACUACAAUUGGACUAAAGAAAAUUUCGAAACGAACCAGAAAUUCAGUAAAUCAGUUCAAGCCAAUUAUGAAGAAAACUGUGAUAUACAAAGAGAAACCUUCAUCAAAUUCAUCAGAUGAAUAUUAUGAUGAAGUAGUUGAAACAACAUGGGUUGUUAAAUUGGGUGAUAAAAAUAUAACUGAUAAAGAUCUACUUGAUUAUCUGAAUAAUCAAACAAAAGAUGAUGAUUUAUUUGAACGUAAGAAUGAAGGUAACAAUUCAGGUAAAAGCCCAAUAGAAACGGAAACAUCCUGGUUUACGAUGGGUAGAAAAGCUAAUUUAACACAGAGAGAGAUUAUGAAGUUCUUUGAUGAUCAAUUGAAUUUAGACGACCUGUUAAAAACAGUUUUACCAACUGGAAUAGAAAAACCACCUCCACGUGAAGUGAUCUCAAGGAAAGUUUGGAUCUCAGAUGGUCUUGACAAAGAAAUAAAACGAUGGAAUAUUGACCAAUUUGUACAAGAUACAUUUAAGAAUAUAUUAAAAGAAAAACCAAAUAAGAAGGAUAUUAAUAAUAAUAAUAAUAAUAAUAAUAAUAAUAAUAAUACACAGAAUGAUGUAGAAUAUGAAUAUUAUUAG